AUGGCUGCUACGGGUGUAAGGUCGAGUCGGUUGUUACAAGUGCUACAUAAUGCUGUCCCCAGAACUUCCCUUGUCCAUACGGCCGCUGUCUUUGAUAGUACAGCGGGGGACGCCAAACCAUUCCACGACAUUCCCGGUCCCAGUGGUAUCUACAAUGUGCCAUACAUUGGCACAAUGUUACAGUUCAAGCCAUUUUCUGACGUCGGUACACGGGAUAUAGAAAGCCUGUUGCGGACGUUCCGGGAGAGGUACGGAGACAUCUCGAAGUUCCGUAUGGGUGGUGACUACUGUGUGUGCAUUUUCUCGCCCAAUCUCUGUCAACAGGCACUGGCCGAUAGUCCAAAAUUCCCAGAGAGGUUCAGUCUUCAAAUGUUUAAGACAUUUUACGAAAGAACGGGAGAACAGCAAGGCCUCUUUUUACUGAACGGCGAAAACUGGGCUCGUGUUCGGAAGCCUACACAGAAAUUGACAAACCGGCCGACCAGUCUCGAGCCAUACCUACCAAAACUUUGUAUCGUAGCAGACGACUAUGUGCACAAGCUCCGACAAUCUUUGUUCAUGGACGACGUACUACAGUCAUUAUACCGUUUCACUACUGAAAGUAUCGGCAUGCUCUGUUUCAACAAGCGUCUUGAGUGCCUUGACGGGGGUCAUACGUUUGACACUAUCAUUUAUGGGCUUGACAUAUUCGUGGAAGCUAUUAACAAGGACCUCAAGGCCUUAAUGCGGCCAUCCAAAUACCUAAAGCUGAAGACACCAUUUUACAGGAAAUUUGAACGAACUUUUCUUGGUUUAAGAAAUCUAUGUAAGGAACACGUCACCGAGCUUAUUGAUGAGUAUCAUCACCUAGAGGAGGCGGGAUUGCUGGAGACCCACAUGGCGAAGGACUCCAACAUGGUAUUCACUCUACUUCAGGACAAACGCCUUGACGAAGGAACCGUCACGACAACGGUUACCGACAUGUUUAUAGGAGGCGUAGAUGCUGCAGCGAAGACUAUGAGUCUAGUUCUACAGAAUCCUUCCAUCCACCCAGACAAACAGGAAAAGUUGUAUGAAGAGCUCCAAGCCGCCGGUCUCUCCUCGGGGCAGCCCCUCACCAACAGAGUUCUGUCGUCACUGUCCUAUCUGAAUGCCUGCAUCAAAGAGUCUAUGAGACUUCACUAUCCAUCCUCUGGGGGAGUACUGAGGACCUUGUCAUCAGAUAUGGUCAUAGGAGGAUACCAUGUCCCUAGGAAAACAUAUGUCCUGGUAGGCAAUUCCUUAAUGGUAAAGGACAAUCGGUACUUUGAAGACCCAGAACAGUUCAUGCCAGAGCGGUGGCUUCGCUCGAACACAACAACAUCUCAGGUUGUCAAAGCUUUCGCCAAUUUACCAUUUGGUCAUGGGAACAGAAACUGUGUUGGAAAGCGUUUUGCAGAGAGGGAAAUGCAAAUUGGUGUCGCAAAGCUGAUCCAGAACUUCAGAAUUAGCCUCCCUACCGGAUAUCCGGUCGUCCCACACGUGUACCAGACUUUCGCUGAACCCAAGGGUAAACUUUUCACAGUUGGAGAUCCGGGAGUGAUUUUACGCAUAUGAACCGUAUCUGAAUCCGACACACAUUUUAGAAGAGACUUGUUGUUAUAAGCAAAUCUUAAAUCUACGUAUGGAUAAGUCAGAUACUAGACGCUGAUAUCAGAACAAUUAUCUGUAUGCUAACCGCAAUCCAGAAUGUAGGUGAUGGUAUCAGGUAACUUAAUGUUGUAGGUUUCACAGACGUUGUGUUUGUAUAAAGUAACACCCUUUGAUAUAUCUAAAUAAAAAUCAUGUAGUAGGAAAUAAUAUCUUUGUUCUAACGAUUACGUAAAACCAAUGACGAUCCAAAACUCACCCUUAACGGCCAACCUAUUCCUGUAGUAGAACAGACUAAAUUCAUAGGCGUUAUAUUUGAUAAAAAAAUAUCGUUCCCUCCUCAUAUCAAGUACCUUAAGGCUAAAUGCAUUAAGGCACUUAACCUUUUAAAGGUAAUCUCCCAUACUGACUGGGGUGCUGAAAAGAAAGAAUUGCUAAGAAUCUAUAGAGCACUUAUAGAUCCAUUGUUUACGGAUCCGCAAGAGAGUCGUACCAUAAAUUGUUGGAUACCGUACAUCACAAGGGUCUUAGACUUCCACUUGCAUUCAAAACCACGCCAGUUGCUAGUCUCUACGUGGAAGCAAACGAACUAUCACCUUAAAUUGAAAAUCGUCGAAAGAAACUGUCAUUGCAGUAUACAAUUCAAUUAAAAUCAAAUCCUUCAAAUCAAUCCUAUUCACCUCGUAUUCAAUCAAAAUUAUGAAUCUUUAUUCCAAAGUGUAUUCCGACCUUUAGUAUUCACAUUAAAUCGCCAUAAUAAAUGUUUAUGCAAUUCAAUCAUUUGGAACAACUGAUGUUCCUCAAUGGCUUUAGACUUCGCCCGAGGUUGACUUUACACCACAUGAAACAGUAAAAUCUGACACUGAAACUUAUGCCUUUCGUUUUAUCUUUUUCGAAAUUGCAGUUGAAAUAUAAAGACUUUAAACCAUUUUAUCCUGAUGGUUCGAAAGGCGAUCAUAAAGUCACCGAAGCCAUAGUUGCAACAGAUGCCGCUUUUGGAUACCGGUUACCAAAUGAUGCAUCAAUAUUUUCUGCAAAAUCCCACGCUAUCUAUCUGGCCCUUGAACACAUUCAAUCAACUGGUGUACCGAAGUCAAUAUUCUAUUCUGAUUCUUUUUCUGUUCUACAGAGCAUUCGCAACAAAACUUUAAAGAAUAUCUCAAUUAGGAAAUUGAUAACACUAUCACAUAGUAUUACCUCAAAAUGUCACAUUACAUUAUGCUUGGUUCCCGGACAUGUGGGAAUACCAGGUAAUGAAAAGGCAGAUCGCGCCGCCAAAGCGGUUUUAUUGCUACCACUUGUUGAUAUUAAACUUCAUUUUAAAGAUUUUAAACCGUUAAUGACAAAUUUUGUAAAAUCAAAGUGGCAAAAUAUUUGGAAUCAAUGCGUAGACAAUAAAUAACACUGUGUCAAACCAAAAAUCGGUGAAUGGUAUCCAAGCUAUAGAGGAAACCGCCAAUACGAGGUUGUCCUUAUAUUACCCGUCUCCGAAUUGGUCAUUCCUACAUAACCCAUUCUUAUUUAUUGGAAAACGAAGACCAGCCUCAAAGCAUAGCAUGUAACGAACCAUUUACAGUGAAACACUUGUUAUUAAAUAGCAUUGACCUACAGCC